CCACUGACCACAGGACCCAGCUCGUCCUGCCACGUUAUUCAAACCAAAACAAGAACCAGGGCGAAGAUCAUGUUUGUUCCGCUGCCGGUGCCGUUCGUGUUUCAAAGAACUGCCCCUGACCUCAACGCCUGGCGCCUCAAGUCCCCCCUGGCUCUGCGCUCCAACUCCGAUAUCAGGAUGUCAAAGUUGGUGGAGGUGGAGAAAAUGGGGGCCGACUCGCCGCUGGAGAGCACAGACUCAGAGCGGAACGGACCCGACUCCCAUCACCAGGCUCAGUCGAUGAAAGUGAACCCCUUCCCCCUGUCCCCGCCCCUGAGCAGCACUAAGACUAAGAUGGAGGACUGUGGAGACAUGUCCCCCGCUCUGCCCCCGUCCCACGGCCCCACCCCCUCCCAGACCGCCCUGCAGCAGCACGCCCAGCUCAUGGUGACGGGGUCGCAGCUCGCCGGGGACAUCCAGCAGCUGCUGCAGCUCCAACAGUUGGUGCUUCUGCCCGGGCACCCGCUCCCUUCCCCGGCCCAGUUCCUCCUGCCCCAGGCCCAGCAGGGACAGCAAGGACUCCUGUCGACGCCACUACAGCUUCCGCUACCUCAGCAAAACCAGGGGAGUCUGCUGUCCGCCCCGAGCCGGAUGGGCCUCCAAGCACAGCAGCGAGAUAAGAACGCAGAGGUGAGUGGAGGGGGCAUGACCUCUGUGACCUCUGUGACCUCUCACCCCGAGGAGCCCAGCGACCUGGAGGAGCUGGAGCAGUUCGCUCGCACUUUCAAACAAAGACGCAUCAAACUGGGCUUCACACAGGGCGAUGUGGGUUUGGCCAUGGGGAAACUUUACGGCAACGACUUCAGCCAGACGACCAUCUCCCGCUUCGAGGCCCUGAACCUGAGCUUUAAAAACAUGUGCAAACUCAAGCCACUGCUGGAGAAGUGGCUCAACGAUGCAGAAACCAUGUCCAUUGACAGCACCCUCCCCAGCCCCAGCUCUCUCUCCUCCCCCUCCCUGGGCUUCGAGGGCGUCCCGGGGCGACGCCGAAAGAAGAGAACCAGCAUCGAGACCAACGUGCGGGUGGCCCUGGAGCGCUCCUUCAUGACCAACCAGAAGCCCACGUCAGAGGAAAUCCUACUGAUCGCGGAGCAGCUCAACAUGGAGAAGGAGGUGAUCCGGGUCUGGUUCUGUAACCGGAGGCAGAAGGAGAAACGGAUCAACCCGAGCAGCGCCACGCCCCCCCUGCCCAGCCAGCCCCCCGCGGCCCCCAGCUCGCACAAAACACACUGCUACAGCCCCCACAUGAUGUCCAGCCAGCUGUCGCAGGCCGUGACCAGUCUCAGCAGCACACCAGUGAGCACCAUGUCCUCCAUGUGCCCUUUGACCUCCAGCCUCUCCUCCUCCAGCCACCCCUCUCUGAGCUCCGCCCCUUCCCCCGUGACUCCGCCCCCUCCUCCCCGCAGCACGGCCAGCCCCGCCACCCCCAGCCACAGUUCACUCAGCCUCAACGCAGGCUUAUGGCGCAUGGGUAAAAAGAACGGUGACGUGUCUAACUACAUCACCGAUUUUGCUGCAAACUUGAGGAACACUGUGAUGGGAGUGAACACAGGGAUGAACCACGGUCUCCUUGGUAACAAUCCACUGGCCACUAUCCAAGCUCUAGCAGCCAGUGGUGGCCAGCUGCCUCUUUCCAGUCUUGAGGGCAGUAAACAGGUGAUGCUGGGGGCCUCCGGGGGCCAGAGCGGGCCCCUGCCCUCCUCCCUGUUCCUGAAGCACCCGGCCCUGCUCCACAUGGCCCAGUCCCAAGGAGCCGGUCUGGUCGGUGCGGCCGCGGCCAAAGCCUCGCAGUCCUCCCCUUUCCCCUCCGCCAGCAGCAUAAGCCCCACCCCCUGCUCUCCUUCACCCUGCUCUAGCCCCGCCUCUUCCUGCUCCUCCAUCGAAAUGGCACACAGCCCGCCUUCACUGGGAGGAGCCAAGAUCGAGUGAUGACACCGAGGGCCAAUCAGAGGAGAGGAGGAGGAGUACAGAGGCGGGGAAUCGUAAACCUCGCCUUUCACACCAAAGCUAUCUCUUCCUCUUGUCAACGCUCUUCUUCUUCGGCGAAACGGUUCUCUCUCUCCGUCUCUCCCGGUCUUUCGAUGCCAAAAAUACACAGAAUGAAAGAGAGGAGGGACGGCGAGACGGACGCCAAAAGAAGAGGAGAAGAGAAAGGGGAAGAUCAAAACCAAAAAUCUUUAACUAUCCAAAAACAAAACGCAACCAGGAUGUUUUUGUCAAUAACAUUUGAUCAGACGCGGCGCCUCCGCUCUCUCGGCCUCUGAAGGAAAACAAAACAAAAGACUUGAAAAACGACGAGGCGGAGGAGACGGCGGAGGCGCGUGUCCAAGUGCAGAAACCAAAAAUGACAAAUAAAAACUUUACGUAGUGACAAAGGAAUGGCGGCAAGGACAAACCCAGAUCGGAGAAGGUGAACUGUGCAUACUUACUUUUGCUUUAAAAGCUGCGGGUCUAAACGAAGAGGAGGGAGGAGGGGUUUAAACCAAAAAUUUACCUUAGGAGGAGGAGGCGGAGGAGUACACAAUGACAAAAAAUGACAACCAUACCAAAAUCCCAAAUACCAAAAAUAACGGAGAGAAAAGCUUUAUUUCAGAGGACGUGUAUAUACUGAAGCUAUCCAGGACCAUGACUUCUACAACUCGCUCAUCCCUCCAUCUUCCAUCCAUCCAUUUCAUUUUGUAAACCAUUCUUGUAUUUGUUGGAUGUUCUGCUGUAUCCGCGCGUCUCUUUACCUACCUCUGGUUCGAAGAGCCUAUAGGUACUUUUCGCCGCCAUCUCGUACCGCGACCUUUUUAUUUAUUAGCAGUGUUUUGGAGCGCCACUUACUAUUUAUUGUCGCAGCUUUCUCGGCUACGGGCUCGUAAUCAUCGCCGUCUUCACUCUGUGUUUUUUUGUGAUUGACUUUGCUUUCACUAAGUGCCAAAGAUAACCGCUAAAGUUGGCAACACGUGGAGCCGAUUUCAAGGCGUAAAUGGAUCGAUCGGGGCUUAAACUGGCGGCGCAGCGUGCUCGGUAAAGCUUUCAUUUUGUCUUUAAAAGUGUUCGGCAAUUUCGAAAUGAACCUGCCCUGUGAACUCGAGACGAUAUUACGAGAACUUGUAGAUAUGAAAUUUGGGAUACGGUAGAACACGUGUAAAGUUAUUAUGUGUUAGCUUUGAAAGUCAAUAAAUCUUGCUUCGUCACGGUGUUGUCCAGUCACUUAAACCUUGUAUGUCUUGUCAAAUUGUGUUUUUCUCAUCAUUACUCCAUCACUCAUACUCAUUUUCCACUUCACACUGCCAUUAAUCUCAAAUGGAAACCAAAGCAUUCUUAACGCCGUCGGAUUUUUUUGUCCAAAAAUCCGCGGUCGAAACAUAUGAACACAAUAAAAGACACAAAAUGGCGGCUAACAGCGGACCGAAACGGGACCCCAAAGUCGCCAAUGGACAUCCGCGAAGACUCCCUCCUAAACGCCUGUCCGAAAUUCCCAAAUGGGGGAGCUUUAUUCCAAGGAACGCUUCCUUGCUUACUCCGAACCCCAGAGAACGGGAAAAGCUGUGGACAGGUAGUGAAGGGCGGGCGCAGGCUUCACAACUUUUAUAAGAGGAUACCAAAAAUUUAACCGAAAACCAAAUAUAACACUCUACAAAAAAACCCAAGGAAUUUCCGAAGCAAAACCAAAAAGUAC